ACCAAUACACAAUAAACUCAAUGACGUUACACCUGUCUCUAUUCAUUUAUACCCUCUAACUAUAUUACAAUGGCGACGAGUGAAAAAGAUUUAUUUAUACGCGUGAUUGACAGGAUUAUUUAUUAAAAAAGGAUAUGAAACGUGCGUCUUCUGAGAACAUUGUGUCGAGUGAUUAAAAAAAGCAUUUAACGGAACGUGAGAAAUUAAAUUUACAAAAGAUUGAAUUUGAAAGAGAAAGAGAAGAAUUCAAUCAUUUGAGAUAUAGUUUGCAUCAAAAAAGGAACAAAUUAGCUGAAAGUGAAAAGUUUUUGCAACUGAAAAAGACAUUUAUUGAAGAGGAAAAAAGUGAACUAGCUCAAGAGGAAUUGGUUCUAAAACAGUUUCGACAAAAUUUGAACGCUUGGCUUAUCAAACUCAACGAAUUUAAAGUUGAGUUGGAGAGUGUCGAAAGACAGUUGAACGAGAAACAGAUCGAUAUCCAGGUACGGCUGGAAUCAAAACAAAGUGGUUUUUCUGUAUACCAAGGACAAUUUAACCACGAAACACAAGGUUUCGGUAUUGGUCAUACAGAGGAAAGUGAUAGUUUUUCUAGUAUGGUUGAAAACAAUGGGAUUAUUUCCUCUUUGUCGGAUUUUCAAGUUGGUGAAGAUUGGGACCUUUAUGCCGAGCGUCUCGAUCAGUUUUUCGUUGGAAACAAUAUUCCAAAAGCUCGAUGGGUUGCCGUGUUAAUUACAAAAUUGGGAUCAGAGGCUUAUAAAAUUCUUCGAGACCUGUGUGAUCCAGUAGUACCAAAGACCAAACCUUUUGAUGAGCUUUGUAAAAUUUUGAAGGAACAAUUUGCUCCAAAAAUUUCAGCUUUUAAAGAACGAGUAGAAUUUUAUAGUUUGAUGCAAAAAGACGAUGAAUCCAUGAGUGAUUGGUUUGCUAGAAUUAAAAAUAAAGCAAUCCAUUGUAAAUUUGGUGCAACUCUUGAUGACAAAAUCAAGGACAAGUUUAUCACUGGCUUGCUGAGAGGUCCAAUCCUUGACAAGAUGUGCGAGCAAGACACAACGAUGAGCCUCAAAGAUAUUGUGGAGAAUGCCAGAAAUAAGGAAGCCACACUGAGCCGGGCAACAUCAAGAACACCUGCGGAUCAAAUCCAUCGACUACAAAUAAAUUAUCGAAGAGACAUCAAACAGAGGGUCCAGAUCCAAAACUACAACAACAAGCCCAGAGGGAAAAAUUCUACGGGCCAGAAGAGCGACAACUCGGAGCCCACUUGUAAAUAUUGUGAUUCGAUGAUGACCUCGGAAGCAAAGUACGCAACGUACCUGGGGAAUGUGAUGACUUUCGGAACAGUGGCAGUGGAGGAUAUACACCACUUUAAAGUACCCAUCGAUAAACAGAAGAAAUAUCGUUUGCUAUCCACUGGACAGGAAUUCGCUCUUUGUUUCGUUGGAGGAUCCAAGGAAGAGGUGAACGAGAAAGCCAAGACAAUUAGGCAGAGGACCUGUGCUAAACCCACAUUGCUCUCUGCGUUAGACAUCAGCGAAGAUGAUGAAGCCAGUUCAAAACCCAAAAAGACGCCGAACAUUGUCUCCUCAAUAGAGCUCAAGGUAGCUCUCCGAAUACAGCAGGAAGCCCUCAAAGAAGCGAUAAAGAAGGAGGAAUCGAAAGAAUUCCGUAUUGAACUCUGAUACUCAUGAGCCGACCCAUGAAAAUCGCGAGGCGACAUCAGGAAAAAGACGAUGAUGAAGAAGUCAAUUUCCGAGUGUCUCCAAUUCUUUUGAACAAUGACUCUGAGACUAAGCAGGCGACGGAUCAGAACACGGACAAAAGACCUGAGGGCAUUGAUGAUCGUGGACCUAAUUUGCUGAAUUCUGGAAGUUCAUUCAAUUACGAUCACGAUACAAUUAAUGCUUCUUCCAACACUGAAGAAAAGAGUUCUAGAAUGAUACUAUCGCUCUUGAAUACCGAUAAUCUCCUGAACAUACCAAUCCUUCGUCGGAAUGCGCUGCGUUUUCAGGAACAGAGUCAUACGUCGAGAGAGCAAUGCGGGAAGACAGAGAAUUGGGAGAAUUGCCCAAUGAGCGAUUCUCCCAAGAGAAUCUCAAGUCCUGCUAUAAGCGAUGGUUCUGGGAGAGUAAAAUAAGGAAUCAUGAAGCCCCCAGAAUUGUCAAAUAAUAUCAAGGAAGUCGCAGGAGGCAACCUUUUCGGAACGACGAAAUUGAAUUGGAACGAUGAAGAUGAAACUCUGAAGAGAAGACAUGAUAGUGAUGUGGAAAACGAUCUAAAGUCAUCUGAAAAGAAUAAUUGAAAAUUCCGAGGAAU